AACAAAAAAGUUCAAAACAAAUUAUUUUCGUGUUUCGUGGAAAGUAGGCCGCAUUAAAGCUCCAAUUCACGUGAAAAGUGUCACAAAAGGUUCCGUGCGCUGCAUUUGACAAGAAUGACGGUCGUUCCGAGCGAUAAAACGUGGGAUUUGUCCCUUUACGAGUUGCAUCGCGUCCCUCAGCCCAUCGUCACAGAUAACACGGAAAUUGCCGUGUCGCCCCGCUCCCUGCACUCCGAACUCAUGUGUCCCAUUUGCCUCGACAUGCUGAAGAAAACGAUGACGACGAAGGAAUGUCUCCAUCGCUUUUGCAGCGAUUGCAUCAUCACGGCACUCCGGAGCGGCAACAAAGAAUGCCCAACUUGUCGUAAAAAGCUCGUUUCGAAGCGUUCCCUACGCCCGGAUCCGAAUUUCGACUUGCUCAUUAGCAAAAUCUAUCCGAGUCGCGACGAAUACGAGGCAAUACAGGAACGCGUGCUCGCCAAAGUGAACCAAUGUCACUCGCAACAGGCGCUCGUCAACUCAAUCACGGAAGGCAUCAAGUCGCAGCAACAAAUUCGCCCGGGACGCACCAAGAAAGACGGGCAUCAUCAUCAUCGCGAGCAUCGGGACUCGGGAAAUUCGACAAAUUCGAAUGCAACGGCGGCAAGCGGAGCAGCAAAUGGUGAUGCGCCGACGUCACAAACGCAAGUUGAUCGUCCGUCGAAUCCGCCGUCGGUGAGAAGCACUCCGUCGCCAUCGCCAUCGACCACGAGUUCCAUGAGCAAGAUGAAACGCACGCAAUCGAUGCAACAAUCGGGCGACGAGAGUGAAACAAGUGCGUCAGAAUCGCGUUUGGAUGGCGACGAAUCGUGUUUGGAUACGGAAGAGGGAUCGGAAUAUGGCAUUGAUGAACUUGAGCUGGUGUUUAAGCCACAUCCGACAGAAAUGACGCCCGAUAAUCCGCUCAUGAAGGCUUUGAAGGAGAAUGCGGUGCGAUAUUUGAAGACCACAGCUAAUGCAACAGUUGAUCAUUUAAGCAAAUACCUGGCAAUGCGAUUGACGAUCGACCUUGAAAAACAAGCUCCCGAGCAUCGUUUACUCAACUUUUGCAUCUACAUCAUGCCCCAAAAUGAACAGACCCUUGCUGCUGGCACUCCGGGCAACACAAAUGGCGCUUCGACAUCCGCGAGCAGUGGCGAUCAACUCGUUGUGCUACCUGGAUCCUAUUCGCUCGCACAAAUAUCCGAACAGUAUUGGAAGGUAAGUAAACCGAUGGAGCUCUUUUACACGUGGAAGAAAUCCUAGAAGUUAAGGGACUUUCGAAAAGGCUCCGCGGCAAAGAAAUAAUGAAAAAAGGCAGAUUUUAACGAAUAUUUUUGUGAAAUUCUUUUAUUUUUUUUUAACGUGUAAGGAAUCUCGAGUGUGAGAAAAAGUAGAUUUUAAGAGGAUAAAAUUAAAAUAAAUGUCAAUAAAAA